CCAAUAAAUUGGAGUCUUAAGCAAGAACCUACCACCUUUUAACCCAAAAGGUGAAAUUAGUCGGUGUAGUCUCAACACUAUUUAACAGGGAACUUGCUAACAAAGUAUUUAAUAAACAACAAGCAAUAAAGAUAGCAUGAUAUUCACCUAAGCAAAGGCUAAUAAUAGAACCGUAAUGGACAAGAACAAGAAUGGAUCAAUGGUGGAUGUCUCCUCUUUUCUUCUGGUCGAGGGCAGCGCAGACUCUGAGGCAGAUUGUGAACUCUUGAAGCUGUGCGAGGAUGUGAUUAUGGCCUGUGAUUAUGAUGAUGAAGAUGCCGAGUCAUGCAGCUGUGACGAUGCAGAAGGUUUGGUUGAAGUUUUUGAUUGUGAUGGUGUUGAUGAUCAAGACUGUAGUGAUUUUGACGAAGCUAAUAAAGAUUGCCAUGACGAGCCAAAUUGGUGCAGGUGCAAGAUGUGGUUGGGAGUUAAGGGCUUGGAGUAUACGUCCGCUGAGAAUGGAGAAGAGGAGUCGAAGGCUGGUACUAAGUGGAGUAAGGAGGUCAUGGAUCAAAUGGAGGACAGGCUCUUUUGGGAAACUUGCCUAGCAAUUACGACCUCCGUUGCUUUGCCAAAACAAAGGGAAGGAAGCAGCGAGGAAUAAUACCAUAACUGAGUAUCUUCAUCAUUUGAUGAUCAAUUCAGAUUCGCGUAUAUAUCAAAGAAGUAUGCUGGUUCCUCGUCUUGAUGGCCCUCCAGGAAAAAGCUUCAUUAUCCACCUCACCCCAAAACCCUUUCAACCACGUCAUCACCCUCAUCUGCAUGUGUAAUAUA